CCGCGUUACUGGAGACAUUGAACUUUCUCGCUCCAGCUCACUGCCACAAACCAGAAUAUUAACUGUUGAAGAAACCUGCGUUGUUGUUUUAAAUUAUUAAUUAACCUAAUAAGUGGUUUCAAGUGGGUUAACUCGGCCUAGACUUUUGUAAGCGCGCAGCAUCUGCUAAAAUGUUCGGAUAACAGCGGAUCGAGUAUUAAAGUUUGACACAUUUUGCAGCUGUCCUGCGUCUAAAACACUUGCCAUUUUAAAGGAUUUCUGGAAUUCCUUGUCUCGGUGGUCAACUCAGUUUACUGAAACGCUUUUUUUUUCUCCAGCCAGUCACAGCCACCUAUCAAGGGUAUGAGCGCAAAGGAGCGGGACCGGCUGCGCACUUUAUUUCGCACCUACGAUGUUGACAACUCCGGCCGGAUCGAGAGAAACGAGUUUCUGACUAUGUGUGCGAAGCUGCAGGUGUCAGCGACGGAGGCUGACCGAAUAUUUGACCUACUGGACGUCGACCAAGACGGAACCGUCAUCCUGCAGGAGUUCAUCCAAGGGUUUCACGACCGCUACGGAGAGGUCAUGGAGUCAGAGGGAGGAGACGUGUCAACAGCUUGGGAGAACUUCGAGAGGAGAAUGGGUGAGCAGGCCAAGUACAUCCCCAGGCAUGAACAGGCUGCAACGCUGUAUCAGAACAUCAGUCUGACUGAGCCCCGGCUGAUUCCUCACUUUGAAAAAGUCAUUAUUAACUUCACCAAAGAGAUCAAACAGCAGAACUCAGAGAUGGAGAACCUGGCGCUCGCCAUCAAACGAGCACAGGACCAAGCAGCAAUGCAGCUCAGUGAGAUGGAGGAAGAAAUGGACCAACGCAUUCAUGCAGCUGAAAGAAAAACACGGGAGCAGGAGAAGAAAAGAGCAGAUGCCGUGUUGAAUGACUUACGAAGAGGUUAUGAAACGGAAGUGUGUGAGCUGCAGUGUAAGAUCCAGAGGAUGCAGAUGAUUGAAGAGAAGUACAAGAACAUCACAGUGAAAGAUGAGAGUCCAGCUUUAAAGAAGAAGAUCAAUGAGCUCACAUUGGAAAACCAGAGACUGAAACAGGAGUUUCUGAAGUCAAAGACCCAAGUGGCCUGUCUGCAAAGCGAGAUGGACUCAUUGAAGACGGAGCUAACGGAUCAAAGCAUGAACUCUGAACGAGACGAGGAGCUCAUGAAACACUUCUCAGACGAGCGAGACAUCUUGGAGAGUCAGAUUGAGAUUCUGCAGACAGCCAACAGGAAGCUCCAUGACAGCAAUGAUGGUCUGAGAGCAGCUCUGGAAAGGGUGUCAAAGUCUGGUACCAGUGGGUCCCCAGGAGGAAUUAAGGAAAGAUUUAGAAGUAAAAGCAUCUGCUACACAUCACCAUAUGCAUUAAUAGACAGGUUUGGCCACCGCAUGGAUGAGAUUCCUUUGUACAACCGCCGGCCCAGCUGUGACACUCUGGCCUUGGCCAUUUGUGACCCGGGCCUGAAGCGAAGAAACAGCAGUGAGUAUGAGGAGGACAGCCUGCCUGAAAUAUACAUGGACAGCGGCUUGUCGACACUCAGAGGCUCACAUGGAGGCUAUGAAUCAGAGCACGAAGUCAAGGGCCAAGAAGAGGAAGAAGAAGAAGAGAAAGAGGAGAAGAAGACAGGGGAGGAUCAAAACAAUGAUAUCACAAUGGAAGAAAACUCUGACACUGAGCAAACAGAGACGCAGGACGGGGAAUCAGCUAUCGGGUCGGACAGCAGCUCAGUUUUAGACUGGAAGACUGAAUGUCUAAAUGCCACAUCACCCUCAACUCCAACAACAAAAAAAGCUCUCAGUGCCAUCAAGGUUCAAAAUGAGGACAAGGACAGCGUUGACCUGGGCUACAUGACCUCAGAGAAGGCCUACAGGAUCGUGUUAGCUGGAGAUGCCGCUGUGGGAAAAUCCAGCUUUCUGCUGCGCCUUUGCAAGAACGAAUUCAAACUAAACUCCAGCACAACCCUGGGAGUGGACUUCCAGAUGAAGACACUUGUUGUGGACGGCGAGCCCGUAUUAUUACAGCUUUGGGACACCGCAGGACAGGAGAGGUUUCGUAGUAUUGCAAAGUCUUAUUUCCGACGUGCAGAUGGUGUUUUGCUGUUGUAUGACGUCACCUGUGAGAAGAGUUUCCUUAAUGUUAGAGAGUGGGUAGACAUGAUUGAGGAUGUGUCACCUGAGGAUAUUCCCAUCAUGCUUGUUGGUAAUAAGUGUGAUCUUAGACAAAAUGCAGUCAAGUGUGUUCCUACCAGCUAUGGAGAAAAACUGGCCAUGACAUACAACACCCUGUUCUGUGAAACCAGUGCCAAAGAUGGCUCUAAUAUCGUGGAGGCUGUCCUACACCUGGCCAGGCAGGUGACAAAGUAUGCUACCUUUGAGGAGAAAAGUCACCAUCAGUCGCUGCCCAGUUUAAAUGCUCCCAGGAAUAAACCACAGUUCUCUUGCUGCAACUGAUCAAACUCAUCUCACUGUAUGUGAAGUCCCACGUUUAACGAAGGAGACAAACACAACAGGAACAAAUCGUCGGUGUGAAUACCCAGAACAGUUUUACAUAUGGAUAAACUGAGUAAACAAAAUACGAGAUUACAUGUCAGCCUCUGAAAUGUAUAAUAAUUGGUAUAAACUUCAAGAUGUGUGAAUGUUGUUUUGUGUCUGUGUCUGUAUUUUGCACAAGUUCCUUUGGCCCAUUUCAGACAAUUAAUUAAUGUGAUGGCUCCUGAAUGUAUUGGUGGCAUAUCUAAAUUACUACCCAGAUGAUUUUCUGUAACAUUUUGAAGUAGUGCUGUGACUUGGUCAGAUCGAUCAGCAUUCACUUAUCAGUUUCAAAAUGGCAAAGAACAGAAGUAGGUUAAGUUGGCUUAAGAUUAGCUUUGGAGAGCAACCAUGCUAUCAAAUGAAGUUAAAACUGUUGACAUUUCUUCCCACGUAAUUAUACUGUAUUUUCUGCUGUGGUGCAGCUUCUCAUCUGGCAAACGGGGGUCCUUUGAAAAGGGCUUUCAACUUAUUUGAUGCUAUUUGUACACUUUACCAGACUCACACUUCCAUGUUGUGAAGGUCAUGCAAGCAAGUUGUAAAAAAGGAAAGACAGCUGUGAAAUGUGUGAGAAGGGAUGAAAUGUAAAGUAUGUAUCCAAGUGAAGUUGGAAAGUGAUAUUUUUAAGUUAUUUUGACACAUAAUUGCACAUGUUGAAAGACGAACAGGUGGUAAAUCACAUUAUAAUAAGUAAAGAAAUGUGAAACUGGAGCACUUAACCCAUUAUUAUCAUAUGUCUAUGUUCAGGUUUUAAAUCUGCUGUCAUCAAUCCUACAACCUACUGUUAUUAUUAUAAUACCGCAACAGUGUUAUAUUUCUUUUAGCUUUCUUGUUAUAUAUUUUAACAUUUAGCAACUAGCUUUAGCAGAUUUCCAUCUACAAAAAUUCUAAAACAUACGUACGUUAUUAUUUGCUAUCCAUAACAAAUAGUAGCAUAAAGCAAAGCUUUUCUUUGUAUCCCUCAGAUACAAUAAGCGACUGUGAUUCUUUUUAAAUUAAAAUUUUUAACUUGCCAAGUUGUUCCUUGUGAUGUAUUAGAGUAGAUGUUUUAUUAUAUUUACCUUAAUGUUUAUAGUUAUAUCAUGCAUAUUAUGACCCUCUUGAAUGUCAGCAAGAUGUCAAUAUGCUUCAAAUAAAAUGCUUGUGGGAUUCUCACACUGUGUCUGAACUUUUAUCAAGAUUUGAGAUGGAGUGGCUUUGAUGCAAUUCUCUCUUUUUGCACAAAUGCAAAUGAUAAAUGUUACUCAGUUGUUUUUUUCCAAUCACAUUAAACUUUUUUUCUCCUGAA